AUGCUGCCACUUCAGGACUGCGAUGUGCAGCAGUGGGCUGAGGUAGCAGUCUCAUUGCUCGGACCAGCUGAUUCACUCUCCGAGCCCAGCAGGACCCGCAGUUGCUUCUUGCCUGCAGAGGUGAGGACGGACUUCCUGCUUGCGUCGGCCGAUUUACGCGGUGGGACGGUGGAGCUUAUCACAAUUGCUCCUUUGCAGGCUCCCUGGCUCGGAUGCCUAGAUGACUUCCUUUCUUUGGCAACCUGUAAUGCUGACUUCCGACAAGCUCUCCAACGUGGUAAUUUCUGGCACGAUGUCGAACUCAAGCUCAGCGAGCACCUGAGAGCGAGCUUCCGACAAAGCAGUUUCUUCGGCAAUCUUCUGCAAGCGUGGGCGCAGGGCAUUCGUGUGCUUUCCUGCUCACACAAACUGCUGCACGCGGUGUCUGUCCUCGGGAACAGGGUCAUACUUCACGGGAACGGAGAAUAUCUUCCUUGUGUGGUGUCUCCGGUUCAUCUUCCGUCUUCGACAAGGAUAACCUAUUGGAGGUCGGAGAAGCAGACAUGCCGGUCGGUGUCCCUGGAGAUUUCUCUUCCUUCGGAAUCUCGGUUCCUCGUGCUGGCCCUUCGUCGCGUCCAGCACAUCAGUACCCCAGACAACAGCACCUGCAUCGUGUUGCGGAAACCACGUGCAGCAGAUGGCGGUGUAGAGUUCCGGCUCCGUGAUGGCCAGCGGGUUGCCGGUCCCGGUCGCAAGGACGUCACCCUGGCUAGCAGCUCCGCGCACACGUACCACCUCGAGUGGAAGAGAGAGUUUCUGAACUUCUCUUUGGAUCAGAAAUGCAUUGCCAGUGUUCCAUUGACUGUAGAGCAGAACCUGGACCCGUGGCUUCGUCCUGCAGCAAUGUGCGUGGCUCCGCCGAGCUCGUCCGCCAGGGACUUCCGAGUGACCAAUCUCCCUUUUCGGUACUCGGCAGAGUUUGGGCACCCAACGUGUGCAUAUUGCUACAAGGAAAGCCUAGCGUGCUGUCAAAACUGCGAACACUGGUUCUGCGAGCAGCACGGCCUGGCAGGCACGGAUGUUUGUCUCUCCUGCCUUCCAGAAACCUUCCUGGAGGACCGGUUGGCAGGGUCUUCCAUCGGGAGCACCACGACUUCACGGCUACAAAUCGAAAGACGUCGACUCCAUGCACUGCGGCGACAAUACUUGCGCUUUGCGAGCGACUUGCAAGGGUUCCAGCAGCUAUGUGACCGUAUGGAGACCCUUGAAGAGCUUCUGUGCGAUACGAACCCGGAGGAUUUCUCCCCACAGGCGCAAUUUGAUCAGCCGAUGCAGGACACAGUUCUGCGCAGACUGCAAGAUGUCGUGAAUGUUCAGGAAGCAGGAACCUUCUUCGUUGUUGAUGACACCCAUCGAAGGACUCCCGGGCACUGUUCAUUGCGAGACUUUGAACUUGAGGUCGCUCUUCCGGCGUGUCUGCGACAUGGUGCCUGGCCACGUUCCAUCUGCGUGGGAACGCCCGCGUCUUUCGACGUCGAGAAGCUGGCUGGAGUUGUCAUUCUAGACGUUCUCGCUGUUCUGCACUCGCACCCGAGGGACAGGGAUCUGCUCUUCAGGGAUGCAGAUCACUCGUACACAUGGAGAGGCCAGAGAGUCAGUCUGUCGGUCACUGGACUCAUUCAUUCCCUCGCUCAAAGCUUCAACCCGACCGCUGCAUUGGCAGCUAUGCGUCGGGGGAAGAACUGGCCUCGUCCUGAGUACGUCGCGCCCGACAUGGUGCAAGAGUUGCAGCGACUUCUGGAAGGAGACACGUCGGCCAGCGUGGAAGUCAAGCGUCUCCUUUCUGCUGAGGAGGUCGACGUGGCAGCUGUGUGCCGCCAUCUUCGCGACCUCAUCUGGACGCACCCUGGGUACGAAUACCUGGCGACGGCUGCCUCCUUGUCAGAUUCCCAGAUUCUGGCAAAGUGGGAGCGCAAUCGGAGAGUUGCGGCUGCGGAAGGGACAUGGCUGCAUGCCAAGUGCGAGUGCCUUCUCAACGGAGGCUCUGUCCCCGUGGCCUCGCCAGAAAUCUGCAUGUUCCUCAAGUUCGUGCGACUUUUCCGAGCAGAGGGGUGGACCUUCCGAAGAACGGAAUGGGCCAUCUACGCAGAAGCCGAAGAUUUGGCUGGCUCCAUCGACGCUGUGGCGGUGCGCGGCAAUGACAUCUGUCUUGUCGAUUGGAAGAGAACGAAACAACUCUCUUCUAAAGACUGCAGCUUCGGACGUCACCUCCACUAUCCGCUGCAGGAUGUUCCGGAUGCAGUUCUCUGGCAUUAUCGUGUUCAGCUGAACAUUUAUGCCUGGAUUCUGCGCCGGUAUUAUGAGGUCGUCGUCACAGACCUGCGCAUCGUCUGUUUACAUCCGGACAAUGGUUUUUCUCCUCUGAUCGUCUCCGUUCCUGUUAUGGAAGACGCCAUGGAGAGGCUCAUGACCUGGCGACGGGAUGACUUGCAGUCCUGCCUGCAUCUCUCGCGUGCUCGAACUAUGCAGGAUCUCCGGGCAGGAAGUCAGGUGAGCUCGGAUUCGUUCUCACAGAGGGUGCAGGAGGAAUUGGAUGCUGCGAUGCAGGAGUCGCUGGAAGAACAGGAGACCUUGCAGCCGAUUCCUCAGGAAACACCAAGUGCGAAGAGGCCACGAACCGACCUCGUGGCAAAGCAAUCUGCCCUGGAGAUUGCCGUGUCCGAGUUCAUGCAAACAGACCUGGACGAUAUCGUUCCCGCGCGAGAAGUCGACGCACCUGUGGAGGACGGGGACAUCCUGACAGAAGUUCAACGAAAUCGCGUCAUCGUCGAGUCUUUCCCCGGAAGUGCAACGUGGAGCUCCAAGUUUCAGCAAAUCGUGCAAGGUGCUCUAGCUGUCCAGAAUCUCCGCCUGCUGGACAUCAGCCGUCGAGAGGAAGUUCUUUUCCUCGAGCUCAUCGAAGGUUGCGGGCGCCACAUCAGAGCUCACGACGGACAAUGCUUUUUUUACUCGGAGCUCGGCUACUGGGCAGCCUACAAUGGCGUCAUACCGCAAGGUACUCUGGCGCGGUGCAAAAGCUUCCUCAUGCACCUGGAGGGCCUCUACUCGAUGUUUGGCGCCCAGGUCCUGCGUCGCACUGAAAGCAUCCUCUCCGAGACAGAGCGGCUUCUCGAGCAGCACAAUGGGUCCUGCCCGGCCCUGCUAGCAGAAUGCGCGCGGGCAGCCAUCUGCCGAGUGCCGACACGCGCAAAGAAGUUCGGGCAAGACGAGGAGGAGGCAGAAGCUGAAAACCGCGGUGGCGGGUGCACCUUGUGGACUGUGGCCAUGGCGAACACCAUCGGCAAGCUUUAUGUGAAAUUGCAGGGUGGCUUCUGCACGACCGAUGGCUGCUUUGUUUUUACGCAGAAUGGAGGCUUGAUGGCGGUGCGCAAGUCGCCGGACAAUAGCCUUUAUGUUCUGCUUCCUCACCGCAUCCUGGAUCCUGUCUCGAAUGAAAUCAAGAACAGAGUCGAGAAGUUCUGGAAGACGACCUACUGGGGCAACGCAGGAGCUUUCCAAGUCUGCAUGGCCUCGCUGACUCUGGCGCUGCAUGGGGAGAAUGUGGAUCGCGCUUUCUGGGGCGUCGGCUCCGGCGGGGUCGGCCAGAGUUUGCAGACUGCACAUCUGGAAGCUCUCCUGGGGAACUACCAUUCCUGUCUCGACAUGAACAUUUACUUCGUUGACGAGGAGAUGCGGAAGCAGGCCGCGCGACUCGUGGGAAAGAUUGUCGUCACGGGACAGGAAAGCGUGCAAGGCUCCCGCAAGUCUAUGCGGGAGGACAUCUACAAAAAACACAUCUCCGCAGACAAGGUUCCGGAGCGACUUCCAUAUUCCAUCGACACUUCGCUGGUCGAAUUGCGUGGGUGGAAGCGCUUCGAAAUGAAUGCCUAUCCUAAGUUCGUUGGCGUGACGGAGGAAAACUUGCCCUCCAUCUUCCGUCGGACCGCAGUGUGUCGGUACAAGGCAACUUUCGUGGAUGCAGCUCGUAUUCAUGGUCAAGAAGACAGAGCUGCCGAGAAGGGCAUCUUCGCCAGGGAUCCGACUCUGAAGGACGCUCUACGAGACAAUCCUGCCUGUGUCGUGACCUUGCGUUCUGUCUGCAAUUUUGCCCGGCGUUACACUGCUGCAGACUGCCGAGAUAUGUUGGAAAGGUACGUCCAUGGAGGGGAUGAAGGCCUUACCAGCAUUGCUGUUCGUAGCAGUUGUGGUCUGGCCGUGUCCGAAGCAUCUCUUGUGGAUCCCAUCGAGGUAGUUCUCGCAGCUGCUGAACCGCCGCAGCCCGUGGACGAGGUCGAGCGUGUGCAAAAAGCACGGAGAAGUGAGCAAGACCGGACUAUGGAGGAAAUCCAAGGCUGGCUCGUGCAAGAUCGCAAAGAUUUUUUCACUGCAGCUCAAGUGAAAAAUUGCAGAACCCGCACCUUUCUGACCUUCGACCGGAAGAAUGCGCAAGACAUUCUGGACAAGCUGGAAGGAGAUGGCCGGCUUCUUUCCCUGUCAACGGUUCUGCAGAAAGCCGGGCAGACGACCAUAUAUCUCCCGCGGAUUUCGGCGCAAAAAGCCUUGGGAGAGGUCAUUCCGUUGGGCCCAGAUGAAAACAUGUGUUUCACGGAGGAGUUCAGCAUGACCCAGAUGCGGCAGCGCCUAGCCCCGGAAGCUUCUCGCAUGCUCAACCUCAAGACACUAGCCAAAAGUUACAAGCAGCGGAAGGCUGGCGACAGCAAGAAAAAAGGGAUCAAGCGAAAGCAGGUAAACGAGCAUGACAGUGAUGUGAAGCUUGGGGAGGAGUUGGCCAUUAUGCAAGAUAAGGACGCGGACUUUUUCGAAGAGAUCAAGACCUUGGCGGAAGCGGGGGAACAAUCUGCUGAUGGAGUGGUUGCUGUACAGCGGGAGUACUUCUACUCCAGGAAGGAAAGAUCUCGUCGUUUCGUCAAGCAAAGAGGGGCACAGUCAUGCUCCCGGCUGGCGAGGGCCGUCUGCUGUCCGUCGACGCGAGACUUAGACUUGCACGCCAGCAUGUUCAACAUCGUAGUUCAGCUGGUGGAUGCGCUCGUGGUGCCAGAUCUCGACUUGCCUGCUUGGCGUGCCGUGGCUGCCGAUCGCAAAAAAGUCUGCGAGGACAAGUUACAUUGUUCCGAAGCAGAAGGCAAGCAACUCUUGCUGGAAACUGCCAAUGGCGCUAGCAUGGACAAGAAUUCCCGGUUGUCUGCGGACGGACAGAAAUUUCUGCAGGAGCUUUCGGAUGAAAGCCGCGCCCUACGCUGGCUGGCAUGUACACAGUUGCCGGACUUGUACACGGAGAUAAGGGGCCAGAAGAAGUCCGGCUGGCCUGAAGCCACGGUCUUCUCGUACUGGUGGACUGCCGCAGAAGAUUACAUUCUGCAGCACAUCCUUCACGGUAUUCGAAUGCACUACUUGCCAGGGCAUAUCUCUUGUCAUUUCGACGGAGUUCUCGUGGCAAAGUCUCUCGUCCUCGCAGUGGAAGAGAAGGUGGAACGCGACAUGAUCGAGUAUCUCCAAGAGCACGUUUCGCGUGCGACUCCUUUUCGCAUCACUCUCAAGGACAAGACUCUUCCCGCCUUUGAGGAGAAGCUGCGAAGCGCCUUCGAGCAUCUCUCCGACAUCGCGUGUUUUGGCGUUUCCACAGACCUGCUGAGCACAAGCCCGAACUCCAUCCCGCCAGCUUUGGUCUUCAUCGGUGCGGAUCUGCAGCGUGUCGUGUCUUCCUUGGAAGAGGAGUCCCCAGCCAAUGCGGUGGCCGAAACUCGAAACGUUCGGCGAUACGCCGACUGGCAUGGACUUGACACAAAAUAUCUUCUUCCUGCUGGCAAAUUGGAAGCACCUCGCCAGAAGAAUUGUCUUUUGCACAUGGAGCUUCCGGAUCAAUCCUGCUGCUUGGGCGUCCGGGCUCUUGUCGGCGAAGCAAUUCGAGUUUCCUGCAAAGGCAAGAGCUUUGAGACAACUUGGCAGAGGCUUACCGCGGUGAUAGAAUCCUUCGUGGGAACCAAGGAGACCAUGCUGUUCGAGAUUGUCGAGAAGGACCCCGAGUUGGACCACGCGGACACAGGUUUCCUUGAUUUGCUUGCAGGUGCGUCUGUUGCCAGCAGCAGUAGAAAACGACCCGCUGCUGCCAUGGAUGGAGAGCCAGGGGAGGGCUCGCGCAACGAGGGGGAGGUCAACGUGGGCGAGGAACUCAGAAGGCUGCUGCAGGAAGAAGUGAACGAAGCUCUCCGCGCCGUAGACUCUCAAAGCAACACCACCUUCCUUUCCAGCGUAUGCCCGUGCUGUCCUUGGCGACGUUUCGAAAAAAGAGCAAACCUUCGGCGGCACCUGAUUUCGCAGCACAAAGAGGCAAAGAGGUAUUGUCCAUCUGGCACCAAGCAGCUGCGAAUAGCCAUUGCUUUGUAUGACCACGAUGCAAUCGCGGGUGGAGCCAUGAGUGCAGGCUUCCUGAGACGGUCGGCAGCCAUCAUGAGGGCCGACGUAAAGCCUCCUGUACCGACAACAAAUGUUCACAUCGACAAGACUGUCAGGUACGUCCUAGAUGCGAACGGUCCCCGCAUCAUGGCCUUGCAUUGCAUCAAGUCAAGCAAGGACCUGCGACGUGUUGGCAAUUUUUACUACACGUAUGAUUUUGCCUGCGCUUUUCUGCAGGCGGCAGCUGCAGGGAAUGGUUCCCUUCAGAAAAUAUAUUCUGCAUUUCUGGGAGCCUGCACGCGCCAUGAUGGCCAGCUUUCUUCCAUCAUACCUCGAGCCACCAACGGCUUUUGGACAAAUGUCCUCGAGGAUUUGAUGCAGGCACCUCCAUUCCAUGAAUUCCGUCAGCGUCUGCUGGAGGACUGCAGAGCGCAUGACGAGUUCCGGUACCUCAGUGUUGAUGCUACCUUCAAGAUCAACCUGAAGGUAAUUGGACAGGCGGACUUUCACGCAUCGCAGUCCUCUCGGGCUACUGCUGCCAUACCUGAAGCCAGCGCAGGUUACCGCACACUAACCUGUCGUGGCCGCACAGGGGCAGCUGUGCUCAUCAGAGUCGUCCGGUCCGAGAAGGCAACGGUCGUGGCCGAAACUCCAUCCAGCACUUUGCCCGCGGAUCAUCGAGCCCAGGUUGUUCAUGUUGCCUCUGAUGCACCAUCGGCAGAGAUGUUCCGAGUCUUGAAAGGCGUGCUGCCCAACCUGUGCAGCAUCUCCCUCGAUGCCAUGCACAUCGUGAUGGUGUAUCAACAAAAUAUGAACAAUAAAAAGACACAGGGGAGUCGAUGGCUUGCACUUCUGAUGGACAAGUUUCGCAAAAGACACCCUGUCCGCACAGCUGCGUCCUGGGGGCCCUUCUACACUGGGCAGGUUUUACCUUCUUCCAGCGCAGAUGUCCGAGCCAUGCGAGAGCGUCUAGAAGCGCCAGACAUGUCUGCCCGAGAGGCAUAUGAGCACCUCGAGACUGUGGACCCUGAUCAGCCCUGGCUCACCGAGAUCGGGUUCCUUGAGGCAGUCCAUGCUCACCUUUCUCUGUUCUAUGACGAGGUGCAGAAAAUCACAUAUUCGGGAGUCUCUUUACAUCGGCUGAUCCUGAACAUGGCCUCGCAGACAAAAGUCCAAUGGCUGCUCAACGACACUCGCUAUCGCCACUCGGUGGAGCGAGAAUCCUUGGUGCUUCUGCCCAGCGGAACCACAUCCAACGAGAGCCUCCAUCACGAGAUCAACCACUGGUUCCGGGAGACAGCAACUUGGUUGCACCUGUCCUAA